CCGAAAUACUUUGAGACAUUUUUAUAAUUUUGCCUAGAUAUGAAUUGGAAAAUAUGAAACAGGAUGACAACAUCUACAUUAACGCUUACCCGCGACACGAGGACGACGAGAAUUAUCGUAUAAUUAGCAACAGCGUCGCGAAGCACGUAAAAGUUUUACAGUUUGCUAAAUUAUUUGCGUCUACAUAUAGCAUAUCUUUGUUUAUAAUGACGUUACUAAACACAGUAUUCAUAGCAUUCAGCGGAAUACAGGUGGUGAUCAACAUGGAUCGACCUUUGGAGGCAUUAAGAUUCACGGUUGCGGGUUUGUGUUUGGUCUUGCAUUUUCUCUUUCUCAGCCUGCCAGGUCAGAAAUUGAUAGACCAUAGUUCCAAAGUACAUGAAUCCAUUUACGCCGCCAAGUGGUAUGCUAUUUCCGUGAGAGCGAGAAAAUUGUUGAAUCUAAUGUUGAUGCGUUCCAAAAUACCAUGUCAGAUAUCGGCGUGGAUGUGUGUCAUGUCGUUACAAAAUUUCAACACGGUUAUCCAAGCGUCCAUGUCUUAUUUCACCCUAAUAACUUCUAUGCGAUGAUCACUGAAUCGAUGUUGACGUCAUGGCUGUCAUAUCCGGCUACGAGACUCCUCUACAUGCAAUCACAUAGUUUAUCACUGACUUUUUCAACUUAUCAUAGAUUGCUUAUAAAUGCCGUAGACCAAUUCCGCACCGUGGAUCGAGCGAAAAUAAUGUGACUUAUGUAAGUUGGACUCAUUAAACUUGUUUGCUUUACACACACCUCCGAUUACCGCACAUACAUAGAACAUGACGAUAUGUGUUCGGCCCCUGUUAAGUAUAUUUUAAAUAUAUUUUAUUUGUCCAAACCAAGUUUGAGCCACGCUCUAAAGCAGUUCUCAGUACAGUUUGUCUAAUAUAACUCGUAUAAC